AUGGACAGAGAUGCAUUUAAAAAGGUUUGUAAAGCUCAAUGGAAAAACCCAGAUGAUCAUGGAUAUAUAUUCGUUAAUACUAGAAAACCUACAGAGGAUAUUAAAAAGAAAUUAGAACCUAAACAAAUUCAACAACCACUGUUUCCUUCUCCUCAUCAAAUAGAAUAUCCCAUUGAAUAUGAUGGUCUUAUAAUUAGGACAUUAGAUGAUAUAAAUCAUUAUUUUUCAAACCCUGACACAGAUUUACGAAAGAGCAUUUCACCAAUUGUUGAUAAUGAUGGCUUAUUGUUUAAUGGAUAUAGAAUAACAUUUAGUAAAGUUUCCCCCAAAUUUAUAAUCGAUACAAAAGACUUUAUAUUUACAACAACAGAAGGAUUAAUACAUUUAAUGAAUGGGGAGGAUCCUGGUAUUGCCGAUUAUAAGGAUUUAGUAGAAUACUCCAAAUUUCUAGAUGAAAUAAGGAGGGGACGCGAAACAAAUAGAUCGAAAGAAGUUAAACUAUAUAUAAAAGCAAUUGAACAUGCUGAAUACGAAGUUGACGAAGCGAGUAAUUAUGGAGAAAAUUAUCCACCAAUCACAGAACAAAUAGACGAAUUGGAAAAGGAGAUAGCUAGAGAAAACAGUGGACAAGGUAUGACGUUUUUAUCCGACAACAAUGAGAAACUACUUAAUUGA